GGCGGUUCAUUACCAUCUUGUCGGCCCAGCCGUGUGGCUAGUAUUGCGUGAGAUCCGACCAAACACCAAGGUCUGUCAAUCCGUCGGUCAAGCACCUUGCGAUAAGCGCUCGAAGAAAGAGUCCCUUUUCGCCCACCAUGCUGUCCACGGCGCACAGCAACCUUCAUGAGCGACAUCGACAACACAGGCGGCAGAUCUCGACGCUGUCCGCUCUUGAUGCCGUGAAAGCCCCCAGCCUUCCGGCGCAAGCGAUGCAUCGUUAUCAUGCCCAUCGUCGAGGACAGAGUUUUGACAACAGAGCUUUGCGCGUCCAGCGAUCGCAAUCCAUGCAAGAUGGUACAAAUCAUACUACUAACUCUACAGUACCGCAGCAGCACCAUUCGAAUAUGCUCGGGGACAGCCAACACCAACGAUACCUGUGUGUAGCGCAGCCGUCGUUUCCCCAGCAAUCAGCCCCCAUGCCCGUGAUCCCCGACUGUUUCACCCCGGAAGAGGUGCAAAACCUUCAAAGUCACAAUGGCCAGGACAGUCAACCAAAUAUGGCCUACCUGAAUGCGCCCUUCGCAAAGGACGUUCCGCACAUGAACAUGCAGUUCGACCUGAUGCAACAACAACAGAUGCACAGCACUAAGGUUCCGUGCGGGUCUGGAACGGAAGGUCAAUUUUUCGAGACGGGACUUUGGGACUUUUACCAGCCAACUUUCCCCCCUCACGCUGAUGUAAGGAAGUUAUCGGUGCAGUCGGAUGCUACUCCGUCUCAGCACCCGCAUACGCCUAAGCACGGCAAUACACAGUAUGCCCCGAUUACACCAGCAACAACACCAUUCAAGCAAACCGUGGGCCUAGCUCAGUACGGUGGGGACAUCCAGUCAGGAUCCACCAAAGAUCAGGGUAGCGCGAUGCCCGGAUCAGCCCAGUCGUCGUACAUGCAGCGAGCAAAGUCUCUCCAAGGCGUGGCUGGAACUACUUUCACGCAGCAGAAGUUUGAUGUUUCUACCCCCCCGAACACAGCAUCAUUUGAAGUGGAUAACUUUGAUACUUUUAACUAUGAGCAGGGUUCUAGCUUUGAGGUUCCUAAAUCGGAAAGUCUGUCACAAAGCCAGUAUGCAUCGUCGUCGUCGGCAUCAUCAUCCUUCAUGUCAUCUCCCGAGCUUGCGGCUAUGCCUUGCCCCGAAGAUGGAGGUGCAAAGACCCCCAAAAUCCCUAUCUAUCCCGCCACUCCCAGCCGUCCGCAUCACAGAAAGACGCCCAGUGCAACACCUAGCUCAUCGACCAAGCCAAAGCUUUCUCCGCGCGUUGCGUCUAUCGAUAACCUGAACCUCGACGCUCGCGUGCAAGCAUCAAUCAAAGAAACGGGUGUCACCAUUGACGAGAUUGCUUCGUACAUUCAUGGGCCUGACCCGGAGGACGGGAAAUGGGUAUGCCUGCACCCCGGCUGCGAGCGCCGCUUUGGAAGAAAGGAGAAUAUCAAGUCACAUGUCCAGACUCACCUGGGCGACCGCCAGUACAAGUGCGAUCAUUGCAACAAAUGCUUUGUUCGCGGUCAUGACCUUAAGCGCCAUGCUAAGAUCCAUACCGGCGACAAGCCUUACGAGUGCCUCUGUGGAAAUGUAUUUGCGAGACACGACGCCUUGACUCGACACAGACAGCGGGGUAUGUGCAUUGGCGGCUACAAGGGCAUUGUGCGCAAGACAACGAAACGGGGUCGUCCGAAGAAGCACCGACCAGAGAUGGAUGAGAGACAGGACAAAGCAUCGAGAACGCGUCAGAGGAUUGCAGAGAAGUCAUCUUUCGACUCGUCCACAUCCGAGUCCUCACGCAACACGCCUCCUUCCGAAGUCUUCGAAAACAUGAGCCUGCAUGGUUCUAGCCCGGCGGAAGAGAUGCCAGUGUUCAACAACCCCAAUUACUCCUUGCCACCAGAGGUUUUCACAUUCACGCCUCCUGCAUCUCCCGGUUACAGCGUGGGAAUCAAGCCAUCGCCUUCUCGGGACGAGCGAUCGAUCACCCCCAGCUCAGAAGAUGAAAUGCUUCCUUCCUCACCAUCAAAGCAGCACCUCGAGAGCCUCGUCACAGACUCCAGCUUGCCUUACAUGUCUGAUCCGGAGACAUGCCCGUAUACAGAUGCUUCCGGCGCUGCUAGCCAUUCUCUAUCUUCACCCCAUGCCGCUCCCACCCUGUCCGAAUCAUCUAACGGCUCUGAUCUCGACAUUUUUAUUAGCCAGGAUUCGACCUCUGGUUUUGGAAAGCCCGAAUUCGGAGACCUGGCUGAUCCCGACAUGGCCCCGUUCCCAGACUAUGUGAACACGACGUCCUUUGAAGGUGGUCUGGAACUGUUCCCCAACAAGCCCUUCUCCUCGGGCCCCGUCAUGGCCGACGACUUCUUCUUCCAAUUUCAAGUGGACGAACAAGCCUCGGAUGUUAUGACUAAAGAAUUCUUCAUGGACUAAAGAGAAACGACCAUAACGGAACAAGAACCUACAUAACGAUCGACAAGAAAGAUGACAUGGAAAAACGAAAAACAUCAAACGCCCGGCAACGAUGCAACGACUCAGGCUCUACA